CUUCUGGUUUUCCUCACGAUGCAAGCAUCAGGAGCUGCAGCUGGACUUGCAAAGCCCAAAUGUGUUGAAAAAUGUGGGAACGUCAGCAUUCCCUUCCCCUUCGGAGUAGGUGCCGGGUGUUUCUUGGAUCCCUGGUAUGAGAUCGUCUGCCAAAAUAGGUCGGUUCCAAUACUAUAUAAGAAUGGAUUGCGAGUUCUCAACAUUUCACUUCCCAAUUAUUAUCAAUCCAUGGAUGGCAUGAUCAGUGUCAGUCUUCCAUUAAUAUACUCAAAUGCAAGCUGCUGGGGCGAAGGACCUGGUGGGCCGGUGAACCUUGAAGGAAGUCAAUUUAUCUUCUCCCAGACAUGGAACGUCUUUACAUCGGUCGGUUGCAACACCCUAGCAACAGUGAAUAGUACAGAGUCAGUUGUUGUUGGUUGCCGGUCGAAAUGUGCUGGAACCAGCACCAACAUUAGCCAGUAUAAUGCUUGUUCUGGGAGGGACGGAUGCUGCCAGACUACACUCCCCGAUAACCUUCGGGGCUUUAGUGUGGAUUUUAAGGAAGAAGGUGGACCUCAGGGAUGCAAGUACGCUUUCCUGGCAGAUAGAUCAUGGUUCUUGAGGUCUAACGUUACAGGUUUAUAUGAUUUGAGUUUGAAUGAUACAGUUCCAGUGGUGUUGGAAUGGGGGAUUUCAAGCAAAACCAACUACGAACUCAAGCUUUUCCUGCAAGGCUAUGGCUCGGGCUAUCUUGAUCCCUUCAGAUGUAGCAGAUACAGCCUCUAUGGAUUGUAUACGAGUCGAAUGCCAUUCAUACAGUGCUUUUGCAACAGGGGGUAUAGGGGUAACCCCUAUCUUACUGAAGGAUGCCAAGGGGUUGGGGCAGCCUUUGGGGCACUAGUUUUGUGUCUUGUCUUAUGGAGGUUGUACAAAUACGUCAAGAAGAGAAGAGAAAUCAAACUCAAAGAGAAGCACUUCAAACGCAAUGGUGGCCUUUUGUUGAAAAGUGAGCUAUCUUCACCAGAAGGCAAUGUCGAAAAAAGUAAAUUGUUCAAUUCCAAGGAUUUAGAGAAGGCCACAGACAAUUUUAAUGAUGAUAGGAUACUUGGGCAAGGUGGACAAGGUACUGUUUACAAGGGAAUGUUAACAGAUGGAAAAAUAGUUGCGAUUAAAAAAUCAAAAGUGAUUGACGAGGGAAAAGUUGAACAGUUCAUAAAUGAAGUCCUCAUCCUCUCACAAAUCAACCAUAGGAAUGUGGUUAAAUUAUUGGGGUGUUGCUUAGAGACGGAAGUCCCGCUUUUAGUGUAUGAGUUCAUACCAAAUGGGACUCUAUACCAAUAUCUACAUGACCCAAAUCAAGAGUUUCAUGUUUCGUGGGACACGCGGCUACGGAUUGCAACUGAAAUUGCAGGAGCCUUAUUCUACUUGCAUUCAGCAGCCUCUAUUCCCAUUUAUCAUCGAGACAUCAAGUCCACCAAUAUCCUUUUGGAUGAGAAAUAUCGGGCAAAAGUGGCGGAUUUCGGUACUUCCAAGUCAGUUUCCCUUGAUCAAACUCAUGUAACCACAUUGGUACAGGGUACUUUCGGCUAUCUAGAUCCCGAAUAUUUCCAGUCAAGUCAGUUCACUGAUAAAAGUGAUGUGUACAGCUUUGGAGUGGUACUUGCUGAACUCUUAACAGGGCAAAAGCCAAUUUCUUCACUGAGGGAACAAGAAGGAAGAAGCCUCGCAACAUAUUUCAUAAUCUCGAUGGAAGAGAACCAUUUGUUCGACAUUGUUGAUGCUCAAGUUUUGAAAGAAGGUAAAAAGGAAGAGAUUGCAUCAGUUGCUAACCUUGCGAAAAGGUGCUUAAACUUGAAUGGGAGGAAACGACCUGCAAUGAAAGAAGUGGCAAUGGAGUUGGAAGGUAUAAGGAAGCUCCAAAAUCCUUCAGUUAUUUUGCAAAAUCAAGAGAACCACAAGGCAACUGAAUCUUAUAAUGCUGCUUUUCCAUCUAACAAGUCAAACAUUGACAUGGAUGUCAUUACAUUUUCGGAUGUUCAGCCACUCUUGCCUAGUGAGUCGUGGUGAAGAUUUGUUCGGCCUCUUACUCUUAUGGGUCAUAUUGCUCUGUUUGUCAUGGAAAUCAGUCUUCAGACCAAAAGAAAGAGAAAAUAAAGAAUGGAGGAAAACUCAUUCCUUCACUAAUAGGACUAGUUAGUUACCCAUUGGUUAUGAAGUUAUUCUCGAU